AUGAGAAAAAUUCCCGUGAAGCGUUUCCGGCGCUGUGUUUACCCAGGCAUCAGCCUGUUUCUAUUCUGCGUUUCUCUCUAUGGCUUCCUUUCCUAUGCCAUCCUUGGACGAUUUGAACGAGACGAUGCCGUAAUUAGGAAUCACCUGCUUACGCGAGGCGAAUUAAUUUCACCGUUGAACACCCCUUCCAACACGAACCUAUCUGAACAUUUUGAUCCCGGAAAUGCUCAAGUUUCCGAACGAAUACCUCGAAUCAUACACCAAACAUUCUCGAACAACAGUGUGCCCGAAAAUUGGGCACAUGCGUACUAUUCCUGCCAAGAGAUCCAUAAGGUGGGAAACUGGACACACAUCCAUUGGACGGAUGAUACGAGCCGUGCCUUUCUCAAAGAGUCCUACCCUUGGUUCCUCCAGGUCUAUGAUCGGUAUCCGUACGCCAUCCAGCGGGCUGAUGCCAUUCGUUAUUUUGUUCUGUAUCACUUUGGUGGUAUUUACUUAGAUCUGGAUAUUGGAUGUCGCAGACCGCCCACGCCACUCCUGCAGUUUGACGCAGUCUUUCCCAAAACAAAGCCCUACGGGGUCAGCAACGAUAUGAUGGCUACAGCAAAGGGCCACGACUUCUUCAAGCGGCUUAUCACAACGCUUGAGAGCCAUAGUCACCGUCUUGGUACAAAGUACCCUACUGUCAUGUUCUCCACUGGCCCUGUGUUCGUCUCGCGACAACUCUCCAGGUACCUUAAAGAUAAGCUUCCACAGCAGCUUAUUGAAAGUCAUUCGUCAGCGAGAGACCAAUGCACGGUCCGCAUUGCUCCGUCCGAGUUUUACGAUUCUACAGAACAAUCUUUUUUCACGCAUUAUCCGGGCUCGUCGUGGCAUAGCUGGGAUGUCUGGCUAAUCAUCCUGUUAUGUCGGAAUCGUUAUAAAAUCUUGGUUAUCGUUAUCUUUGCCGUGGUUUUAUUUCGCUACCAGCAGCGCUUCACUUUGAAGAUUAGACCCCUAGAUAAUAAGCAAUAUUAUCGAUGUUAA